AUGAACAUUGUGUCUCCUAAGGCUUUUAGGAUUCCAAUACUUAAUGAGUUGGUUCUUGAUAUUCUCAAUAAAGUCUAUCAGACUUUUGAGCACGAGAGCAAACAGGGAAGGGUAAAGAACAUAUCUAACCCUCUGAAGAGACUUUCUACAGCAACAGGAAUAUCUGAAAGAACCCUGAAAGCAAACAUUCUGUGUGAUCCUGUAACAACUGUAAUUGAGGAUCUGCAAGUCCCUCCUGUACAGCAGAAGGUCCACUCCAAUAAGGGGCUUGAUGACUUCGAUGAGGACCUGGUUAAAAGGACCAUCCAUGAAAUGCAGUUGAGGGGCGAGUAUGUAUCUCUUCGUCGACUGUCAGGUGUGUUGGUGGAAAGGGGAAUCAGGCUCACCAAGUCAUCUCUGGCAAGACUUGUGAAGAAACUUUGGUUCAGGUAAGAA